AAGUGUUAUUAAUACAGUGCUCGUAAUAAGUGGGUUUUUAUGACAAUUUAAUUAUGUGUAUUUGGUGCAAACAAAACUCAUGAAGCCGACCGUGACAACGACAAUCUCGGUUUACAGAAAGAAGCGCCGCGGAUGUAUGUCAUAAAAAGUUAAGUCAAUGCCAGUGACUGCCCGGAGAUGAAGAAAUGGAAGCUUAUCAUCGUCGGCCAAACUAACCUGGAGGAUAAAAAUAGUGAAGAUAAGUUCCGUUGCUUGGUGGGCGCGCGAUUUCCCUAAUGAAGCUGCUUGCAUAGAACGCUGUUGUUGCCUUGCUGGAUGUCGUCGUCGGGGGGUAACUAGCUAGGUAUUGGAGGGGUUUUAGAUAAUAAUUUGUAACAAUCGUGCGGCAGCAACGGCAGGGAGGCAACUGAUAAGGAGGAGAAACCCCUAUUCCAAGUGGGGCGACAAAGAAGAGACCUCGCCCGGCAAUUUUGUGUUCAGUAAGUCUCUGAUUAUAGCCCGUUCCGGUUGUGGUUGGUGGCGAAAACGAGUGUCGAAAGUUCUGGGUACAAAUUUUAUCGGUUGGCGAGCUGGGAGUGACCCGACCAAGCGAAUCACAAAUGAACAAGUGCAGCAAUGCCAACGGUGUAAAGCUGUACCGGAAUAUACCACAGCAUGAAAACGGAUUAGCGGUGACCAUUGGAGACGCGGAAGAUGACUACUCGGAGGAGUUGCCCCAGCUUGGAGAGCUGUUCAAGUUCCGUUCCAGUUGCUGCAGCACCAAGUUGAUCAAAAAGCGGCUGCCGAUUUUGUCGUGGCUUCCCAACUACAACCGACAGUUCCUGGUGGAGGACAUCGUGGCAGGAUUGACCGUUGGACUGACGGUUAUCCCGCAAGGAAUCGCCUAUGCCAUAGUGGCCGGAUUGGAACCCCAGUAUGGGUUGUAUUCGGCGUUCAUGGGAUGCUUCGUGUACUUUGUGUUCGGCAGCUGCAAGGACAUUACGAUAGGACCGACCGCGAUUAUGUCGCUCAUGGUGCAGAUCCACGUAGCCAAUCUGGGGCCGGCGUUUGCGAUGCUAUCCGCGUUCCUAGCUGGUUGCAUUAUCCUGGUACUCGGCUUGCUCAAUUUGGGUUUCCUAGUCCAAUUCAUAUCGAUGCCCGUUACAGCCGGAUUUACGUCAGCAGCAGCCAUCACUAUUGCCAGCGGGCAGGUGAAAUCGCUCCUAGGUCUUCCGGGCAAAUCUAAUGAAUUCCUCGAUUCAUGGGAAAAUGUAAUCCACAACAUCCACCUGACCAAAUUGUGGGAUUCAGUGCUUGGAAUCGGAACGAUCGUCGUUCUGCUGCUGAUGAUGCAACUCAAAAAUCUGGAAGGUUCAUGGAAGACAUUUGGCAAAUACAUUUCGCUGUCCCGGAACGCCAUUGUCGUAAUCGGUGGAACCGUACUAGCCUUCUGUCUUAGCACGGAUGGCGUGGCACCCUUCCAGUUGACUGGUAACGUUACAUCCGGACUCCCCCCGGUUCAGCUGCCACCGUUCUCGGCAGUGGUCCAUAACCAAACCUACUCCUUCACGGAUAUGGUCUCGGAACUGGGAACCUCUGUCAUCGCCCUCCCACUCAUCGCCAUCCUGGAGAGUAUCGCCAUAGCGAAGGCCUUCUCCAAGGGCAAGUCAAUCGAUGCCACCCAGGAAAUGAUCGCACUCGGACUGUGCAACAUUGUAGGAUCGUUUUUCUCGUCGAUGCCCGUAACCGGUUCGUUUACUCGGUCGGCCGUCAACAACAGUAGUGGCGUCCGAACUCCGGCCGGUGGCAUUACCACCGGUAUCGUCGUUCUUCUGGCGCUUGGUCUCCUCGCCGGUACCUUCUUCUACAUUCCGAAAACCGUCCUGGCCGCGGUCAUCAUCGCCGCCAUGUUCUUUAUGGUGGAAUUCCACGCGGCCGCGGAAAUCUGGCGCACCAAGAAGGUCGACAUCAUUCCAUUCUUUGUCACGCUCAUCACCUGUCUCUUCCUUGGCCUGGAAUACGGAAUGGUCAUUGGAAUCGGCGUCAACAUGUGCUUCGUGCUGUACCAAACAUCUCGCCCGAAUAUCAGUCACCAUAUUCAACGGAUUUGUAACGUUGAUAUGCUGGUCGUGAGCCCUGAUCAGAACCUGGUUUACUCCUCCGCAGAGUACCUCAAGGCUCGAGUCGUCAAACUUUCCCAGCAGAAUCUUGUUGAACUAGUCGUAAUUGAUGGAUCGGCAGUCAACUACAUCGACUCCACUGUGGCCAAGAUUCUGGCCGGCAUCGUUGAAGAUCUUAGAGUUCAGGAACGACCCGUUGUGUUCUGGAACUGGCAGCGGUCGGUGCAGCACACGGCAUUCCGCCUGGAUGCGGAGCUGUUUGUUCCGCUUUUCAAAACCGGAAGCUCGCUGGAAGAGAUUGCCAAGUGCUGGUCGCUAGACAAUCGAAUUGAGGCGUGAACAAAACAGUACGCCCCUAAUAGUGCUUUCGGUAAGUUGUGAUAGCUGAGUCCGUAUUCGGGUAGUUUAGUAACUUAUUGUCAGGGAAUUUACGCCCUUAGGAUCGAGGUAUUUUAGGUCACCGAAAUCAAAAUCGACGAUAGUAUUAUUCGGUUAUUACCUGUUAAGGUAACGUACAGUAAGGUGAUGAUGGUGAAGAUUUUAAAUAUCGAGUAGAAAUAAUAAUUUCGCAAGCACGUACAGGUACGGCGGUGCGAAUGCUAGUCAAUCUCGCGAGAAAAUAAUAA